AUGUCGAGGCUGUCUUCGAAGGCGUGGCUGUAUACUCGGUGUGGACCGAUCGCCCAUGUCUUGAAGUACGAGACCAUGGAAAUUGUUCCAAAAGGGAACGAAGUAGUAGUUGAUGUGUUACAAGCACCGCUUCACCGUGUAGACGCGGCGGUGGUGAAUGGCAGUGUGCUGGGUCGACGUCGGCUGCAACUCCCUUCCUUCCCAAGGGUAGGUGGCUCUGAGGGUGUUGGUGUAGUGGUCGCCAACAACGGCUCCAGUGUUAUAAAGGAAGGGGACACAGUUUGGGUAGCGCCGCUGAAUGGGUUAUGGGCAACGCGAGUUGCCGUGCCUUGCAACUCCGUACAUAAAAUCGAUUCCAAAUACAUUCCACUUGCGGUGAACGCUUCUAACUACAUAACUGCACAUCGCCUCGUCAAUGGUUUUACAUCUUUACGUAAGGGACAAGUCAUCGUGCAGAACGGCGGUAGCAGUGCUACAUCCCUUGCCGUGGCAGCUUUGGGUAAACUCCUCGGUUUCCGAGUUCUGACGGCCAGUACCCCGGGUGAGCGGUUCGACAAGGCAAAACAACGCCAUGCCGAAUAUGGCAGCGAGGUAUUCGAGUACAAUGGAAAGGGAUCCCGAGCGAUGCGUCAAGCACUGGGUGGUUCCGCUGCAGCACUGUACCUCAACGCCAUUGGUGGCCGGCACUUCGAUACGUUUCUCGGGCUUCUUGGGAAGGGGGGUCACGCAGUGUCUUACGGUGCACAAAGCGGUGUGGGACUGAUGAUCUCCGGGUCAAACAUAAUCUUUAACGAGGUAACAAUGGAGGGGUUCCUUCUUCCAUCAUAUCUAGCGUCACUUUCAUAUGAAGAGCGGCAGACACAACUGGAGGUUGUUUUGCAGCAACUGUCUUCUGUGGGGUUCAAGUACCCGACGGUCGUGGCGCCUUCUUUGGAGAAGAUGCCAGACGUGUGGGACGAAUGUUUUGUUCACGGAGGGACAAAGGGUAUUGUUGUUGUCAAGAAGUAA